GACAUUUGCAUUUCCGGGAACUUGUGCACUUUUCAUUCCGUGGCUGGCGAUAGACAACGAAGGUGUUUUGUCAGUUAUUGAACAGGAAAAAUGGAGGGUGAUGUGCCAAAGAAGCGUUAUGAUGUUGUCAUAUUUGGAGCAACUGGUUUUACAGGACAGUUUGUUGUUAAAGAGCUGGUGCGGACGACAGAGACGGAACCAGGCCUGACUUGGGCCGUGGCUGGGAGAACUAUGGACAAACUCCAGAAAGUUCUUACUUCCACAACAGGUAAAGAUUCAGACAGCGUACCAGUGAUUAUAGCCGAUGUGAGCAGUUACCAGUCUCUCUUGGACAUGUGUCAACAGGCUAAAGUAGUCAUUAACUGUGUGGGACCAUUUAAUCUGUAUGGUGAACAAGUGAUCAAAGCUUGUAUUGAGUCAAAGGCCAGUCAUGUUGAUAUCAGUGGAGAGCCCUCGUAUCUAGAGAAGACCCAACUCUUGUACACUGCCAAAGCACGUGAAGCUGGUGUGUACAUUGUGGGGAGUUGUGGCUUUGAUAGCAUUCCAGCUGAAAUGGGUGUCGUCUUCACAAAGAAAAACUUUGAUGGUGAUCUGAAUUCUAUUGAAUGUUUUGUGAGCUGCAUAACAACAGAGUCGAUUGCUGUUAACUAUGGAACAUUUGAAUCUGCAGUCCAUGGGUUUUCAAUGCAGGGAGAAUUGGCUACCGUGAGAAAAACAUUGUUUCCAACCCCGCUGCCCCGGAGUAACCACAAACUACAGAAAAGGUCGCUCAUUUUCUUCAGUGAGGAAGUUAACAAGUGGUGUUUGCCUUUCCCAGGAAGUGACAGAUCCGUGGUCAACAGGACACAGAGAUUUAACUUUGAUGUCAAGAAAGAACGUCCAGUCCAGUUCAGCCCAUACAUCUGCUUUCCAAGUUUUCUGUCUGCCAUGAUGGUUGCUCUGUUUGCCAUUAUCUUUGGAAUCAUGACCAAGUUUGGUUUUACAAGAAAUCUACUUCUCAAGUACCCAUCCUUCUUCACCAAUGGUGUUUUUACCAAACAGGGACCAACCAAAAAGCAGAUAGAGAGUACGUCUGUGUGUCUGACGUUCAUUGGACGUGGCUACAGCAAGAAACUGGACGAUCCAUCGGCCACACACGACGAAGUGCCUGAUAAAACCAUCACCACUAAGGUUAUGGGACCAGAACCUGGCUAUGUGACAACACCCAUCUGCAUUGUCCAAGCAGCACUCUGCAUUCUCAAGGAGAAAGACAAACUUCCAAAAGAGGGUGGUGUGUACACACCUGGUGCUGCCUUCGCGGACACAGAUCUGAUAGAUCGACUUACGAAGAACAACAUCAAGUUUGAAGUUGUGUCACCGUGAGCGACCUGCCUCCACUGUCUUGUUUUUCCAUGUAUGUGUGGUGCUUUAUGAUCGUCAUGGAAAUGACCUAUUGAACGCUGCUAUCUGCAUAUAUCACUGUGUUGUUAAUUAACAGUGUAGCAGUGGAUACAGAAACAAGCAUUUAUGUUUGAAAGUGUUUUCUGCACACUGUAAUGUAGCACUAUUAAAACACUAGACUUCAUAUCCAGUUGAUGAAGGUUCUGUAUUACGUCCUUGUCGUCCAUAGUCAACAAGUGUAUCAGAAUUAUCUACCGAGAAUAAGUUACUCAUGUAGAGUUUAAAUAUGCAUUUAUAUGGAUUAUGCUUUUUGAUAGUGUUAAGUGCUACAUGUAUUGAUGCUUCAACUUUAAGCUUAUGUUUGCUCUAGCAAUGUUGUGGUUAAUUACAUAUUGUAUGGUUUUCCUAUUUGAAAAUUCUUAACAUUGGUGGUUUGGGAAAUAAUGUAUAACAAUAUACCCGAAGAAGUUUAGUCAGCAAAUUGUUUAAAACUGAUAAUUUAGAUGAGCUGAACUUUAUGGACCUUUACUUGUUUAAAAUAAAUACAUAAAUGCAUAUUAGUCCUACUUCUAAUAUUAAAAUUAUUUCAAACAAAUCAUAUCUUUAUUUAUUUAUAUAUCUGAUUUUGCAUAUUUUUUAUUAUGUUGUGUAUCAUUUUCACAUUAUGUUGAAUAACAUGUAAACAUUUUGUUACGGUUUGUUUUGUGGUUAACAUUUUGUUCCAUCUGUAUUUAUGCUGGCAAGGUUAAACAACAAGUCACACAAGUGGUAACAGUUUGACAUAAACGAGAAGAAACAAAGCCAUUUGUGUGCCAUUUUGGAAUUAUUUUUCAAUUGUGCAAAAUUGAUUAUUUUUCAGUGUCAUUGUUUAUGAAAUACCAAAGAAUUAAAACUGAUAUAGGUAUAAAUGAAUACUAAAUGGUGAGAAAUGUUUGUGAAACUCUAGAGGGACCAAAAAACAAAAACUUGUAAUACAAUCUUGAUCCGUCUCGUCCAUCGUCUUUCAUACUGAAGAAUUGUGAAAAUAAAACCGUGUUUAGAAGUCUUCAUUAACCCAAGCAGACUGUUAUAUUAGCACAAUCAGUAGAUUAGUAUUGAGGAUUUUAUUAAAUAGUCACCAACAAUGUAGAUUCUAAAGGUCUCCUUUGUGUACACUCUUAUUUGCUAUUUAAUAGAAAAUGCAGGUGCAUGAUCGUGGGUGGGGAGUGUAAGAAUUAAUACCCUAAUUACUCUUCUUUUUUUCCUUUCCAUUUUGGUUUUACAGUUCUUUACUUCAUAAACAUUAGCCAUAAAAUGUAGAAGUUCUUACAAAAAGAACCCCUUUCAAAAAGUCAUAUGGUUUUAAAGAGAAUUAUUAGCUCCAGUUCACUUCAGAUCUGUGGAAGGUACCCUACCUGACUUCAUAUCAAUAAUACCGAUACCUUAAAGAUGCCAACCAAAAAUGUAUUGCCUUGAAUGCGGGUUGUACCAAACCAAAUUAAUUCAGAGUGGAUAAUGGAUAUAUUCUACGGCAUCACCCCGCUAAAUGCUAUGUCGUUAAUAGCUUUAGCAGGCAGCUUAAUGUAGUGCAGUUUUGGAAACUGGUCAUCAUUAAAAAGAAAAUAUUUUAAAAUAACUUUUUUUUUCUUUUUUUUUUAAUAAUUACAACUAGGUUGAUGUUUAACAUUAUUAUUUCUAAUAAUCAAUGGGGACAAAUAACCGGGAAAUAAAAAAAUCAUAAUUUCUCAUGUAUUGUUGUAAAGUACAAUAUUAUUGGACGAUUUGGCGCUUACAAGCCAAUGACUUUACCAAAUCGUGAUGACGUCAUAUUUUGGACUGGCAAACGUACACAAUGAUGUUACAUACGUUAAUUUACACCUCUGUUUUUAUUGUUAAAUUUGUAAUAAAAUGCUAUUUUAAUGUAAUCUGUUACAUUUUUUAACAGAAUAAAUAAAACGUUAAUUAAAAAAAACUAUCUGCGAUUGUGAAUAAAAUAUGAAGAUAUAGUAAUAUUUAGAAUAUUGUGUAAAGUUGUUUAAAUUGGGAGCGGUUACAGAAUCUGUCCGCCACUUAUCCUGUAAAAACAGAUUUUUUUUGGUGGGGAUUCUUAAAAAAAAAGUGGGUCAUGUUUUUUUUGUGGGGGAAAAGGAAGAAAAGUUCCUGACAUAAUAUUGGAGAUUUAGAAUUAUUGGGGGGGGGGGGGGGCUAGCCCCCCCAA